UAAGAGCGUUAGUAGAGAGCUUGAGAAGAGUCGUUUUUCCCCCUCUCAUUUGGUUUGAUUUGGUCCAACAACGUUUUGAUUAUCCGAUUAUGUGCAUUAAAGUCUUACAGUUGUAAUAACAAGAAGUUGUUAGUCUUUCUAUCAAUAAUUUUUUUUCAAUUUCUCCCCGUCAAAAUGUCUAAACAUUCUAAAGACGAAAGCCAUGGUUCUAAUCAAGCAAAACGUGCUAGAACCUCUAAAACCGUUUCUCGUUGUUAUGAUUGCGAACAAGUUUAUCAACCAAUUUCAAAAGAACACAAGUUUUGUACUAAAUGUAGUGCGGAUAAACCCAUAAACGCUGUUGCUGUAGAUCAAAGUAAUCUAGGAAACAAAAAAUCUCAGCCCAGUCUAAGUCUAAGAAAGCCAUCUGUUUGGAAAUUGGAACCAAUAAAAUUGGUACCUAAAAACCAACCUGGCAUUCUUUCUGUUCCCAAUGGCAGUUUGUUAAUUGACCUCGCAGGGAUGAAUUCACGCUCAGGAAUUCCACAUAUCAAUUUACCGAUGGAAACUGCAAAGCGAACACUCACAGAAAUCAGAACUAAAGAAGUUGAUGCUGUUCAAGUCAUAAAAAAUAUCUCAUCUAGCAGCACCACUUUAGGAUCUGAAACAACAACAACCUGUGCUAUUGGGAAAAUUUCCUCAGCAACAGGUACUGGUAUUCUGAGGAAAUCAACUGACAGUAUUCCAUUAGCUGUUAGGAAAUCAACUGACAGUAUUCCGUUAGCUGUUAUUGAUUUAUCUACAUCGUCUUGUGAUGAAUCCAAUAAUGAUGAAGAUGAGAAUCAAGUCAUUUGCAUGGAAAAUGCCAUUUCAUCCCAGAUAGCUAGCUUUAAAAAUGAGGCUGGUGAUUCUUGCCCUUCUGAAUCCCAUCAAUUAACUCAGUUAAGCAAAACUGAUUUAUGCCGUUCAAUGCCACCGUCGAAGUCAAGCGGUUCCGGCGAGAAGCCUAGUACGGAAUUGUUGGAUAAUCCCGAACAUUUAACAAUCCGAAAUGUUCCUCAACAUGUUUCAAACCAUAUGUUAGACUUCUCAACUUUGGAGUUGGAUGAUCUGAGAGUCAAAGAAGUGGAACUAAAAAAGAUGUUAAUUCCAUAUCAGUUGGAUUAUGAUGAAAUCUCUUCUGUACAAAAAAGGAUAACUGAACUAGAAUCCAGGCAUUCCGCCGAGAAAGAAAUGCUAUUCGACAAAGAAGGUGUUGUAAAAUCCUUCGAAUUAAAAGUCGUCCAGUCUCAAUGCGUAGUAGAAGCUUUUGCAGAAGAAAGAGAUUCGCUGCUCAACCACAUAAAAGAAGCCGGUGCUGCUGUAGAACUGGCUCGAUCGUCAUGCGAUUCUACUGAAAUGGGAGUCAACGAAAUCAAACGAAAAUUGGAAGAAUCCAAAGAUGACGUUGUAAAGAAUUACUUACUCACCAUCUUGGCGAAAAAAGAAGAAAGAGCAAAGGACGCAGAAGCUAAAGCCAAGUAUACCGUUUCCCAACUUGAAGAGGCGGGAAAAGAUCUGAAGAAAACAGAAGAGGACCUUAAAUCGAAAGAGGCUGUUCAUCACGAAAUGUUAUUGCAAGGGGAAAAGUUGAAAUCAGAACUGAUGGCAUUGCACGAUACCUGCAAUUCUACUGAUAAAGAAGUCAAACGUGCUCAUUCACAACUGGAGUCUCUUCUGCAAGGAAAUAAUUUGGAAAACUUUUGUAAAUACUUCGAACUCAAGGAGCAGUUGCUUGAAAUACAAUGCAAAAUUGAAUGCUCAGAGCACGAAAGAAAACUGGAAAAGGAAAGGAAAGAAUUCCAGCAAUCACUUGAAAUUAAACUCGUACUGAAAAAGAAGGAUCUAGACACGGAAAGAGAAAAAAGAAGUCAGAUGUUGUCGCUGUCACCUUGAGUUUUGCUGCUUUCCAGUCGAACUUCGAAAUUUUUUUUUUUUUUGUUGGCGCGUUCUUCGGUUGAUUUGAAUUAAAUCAUUUUUCGUAUUUGGAAAUACUUCGUAAACACGGUAACUCUUUUCAGCGUUCAUGUUUAUCUGAAACCAUUUUGUUUGAUUCUUAACUGUGUUUUCUCAGGAAUAAUGUUGAAUUGAAAUUACAAACGUUUCUCCCUUG